CAGUGGCUACUAUUAUUUAUGGUACACGUCCUAGCACUCAUCUGUGUAGUUUUUCAGCAUUCGAUUUUUGAAUUGAUGAAAUUUUCAGGGAGUGUAUCAUAAAAAUGAUUCCUAACUAGAGCAUAGUCUUUAGCUGUGUUUGUAGGUUAGUUUAGGGUUUCAGAAGCUAAUGAGGGUGAAAGAAAGAUCACCCUAUUUGAGACCUCCCAAUUUGUUAAAACAGAUCAUAUAGGGAUAACUAAUGUAGUGGACAUGCUCUGUCUGCAAUGAAAUUAUAUGCUCAUCUGUCAUGGGUGUUGACUGUCAAGUCAUAUAUACAAAUAGCAGCUGCGAUGUUUUGCACUUGUUAAUGACAACUAAUCAAAGUUUCAAACAUUUAGGAACUUGGUUAAGAGUCUUAACACUGCAGCUGCUCAUCAGAUUUUGACUUCUCAUAUAGAUUGACAUUGUGAAUGGGAAUUAUCAAUUGAAGUCUGAAGUUCUUCUCCAAUUGAAGCAGGAAUCUUUUAUGGUGAUAACCUAUCUAAGGCCUCCAACAAGCCAGAAAAAUCUACUCCAGCAUAGAUGGAUAAAAGUAAUCAACUUUGACUAAUUCUUUUUUUUUUUUUUUCCUUUACACUUGAUUAAUAUGAAAAUGCAGAUUUGUGGUUUCCUUUUAACCAUAAACAUGGCUUUCUCAUUGCUAUAGAUGCUACUUUAGAAGAAACAGAGAAGUUAAGAAAUGGACUUGAGUUGGUGAAAUCAGCUUCUGAUAAGCACCCUGACCUUUUAAGACCAUUAGCUUAAUCCUAUUCAGUAUUUAAAGGUAGUGAUCCUAUUUGGACCACAUACAAAUAGAUUGUCAAUCAUGGUUUCGAUACAUAUUCUGCAUCAACCUUUAUUCACCUUUCUAUGGCUGAAAGUCUAGAUUGCUAUCUUGGUGAUUUUUGUUGUUUUAAAUCAUCACAUUUGUUUAUGCUGCUUUCUCAGUUUUUUUCUCUUCUAAUUUUCAUUCUAACUGUAAUUUAGUAACCACACCUUGUGAUCUAUCCUCUUAUUGAUACCUGUGGGCAGUACACUAUUAUGCUUCUGCAGCAACCCAGAAAUUCGAGUUUGUCCUAAGAAUCUAAUGAUUUUGAAUUUGCUUUACAUUUUCUUAUAAGAGGCAGUUUCACAU